UUCCACGAAAUUGGCCACUGAUUUAUAGGCUUGUUCAUUCAGCAAUACAUUUUUAUUAUAUUUUUUUUUUAUUUUUUUACAAAAUGGGAUGGGGUUUGAAAUGUGAAUGUGGUCUUUUGAUAUAUGUUUUGGUGGUUAUGGGGAGGGAGAUUGUUAAUGGAGAAAGGGUGAAGCUUUUUGUGUUGGGGGAUUCCCUAGUGGAUUGUGGCACCAACAAUUACAUAAAUAGUUCCAAGGAGCAUAGGGCAAAUUAUUUUCCUUAUGGUCUAAAUGCCUUUUCUGGCCACCCUACUGGUCGCUUCUCAGAUGGGAAGGUCACACCAGAUUUUAUUGCCGAACUCGCGAACUUACCUCUUAUCCCGCCAUACUUGCAAUCGAAUGCUGACCAUUCUUAUGGAGCCAACUUUGCUUCAGGAGGAGCCGGAGUUUUAUCAGAUACAAACCAAGGGGAGGUUGUGGACAUGGGCAUGCAAGUGGCGCAACUCAGUGAACUUAAAUAUGAGUUUAAGAGAAAAUUUGGGCACUUUAAGGCUCACCAAGAAUUCUCACAAGCUGUUUAUUGUAUUAGCAUUGGGCUAAAUGAUUAUAAGGUGCUUUUCAAUGAUUAUGAAGGCCAAAUAUCACAAAACAAAGAUGAAUUUGUCAAAUUUGUUAUAGGCAAAUUGUCUUCACAUAUUCAAGGUCUGUACAAUAAUGGUGCAAGAAAAUUUUUAAAUGUGGGAUUGAAGGAUUUAGGCUGCACUCCUCAUAUGAGGGCGCAUGGAAAAGGGGAGUGUUUGCAUGAGGCCACUUAUCUUAGUGCAUCUCAUAAUGCUGCAGCAGAAAACCUGUUAAUAAGUCUGGAAUCCAAAUUAGCAGGAUUUAAGUACAUUUUCUUCGACUACUUCAAGUUUUUGAGGACCAGAAUUGAAGAACCCCACAAAUAUGGAUUUAUUGAUGGACACCAAGCAUGUUGCGGAUCCGGACCCUUUCGAGGGUUGUACACAUGCGGAGGAAAGUCUGGAUCCUCGGGAUACGAGCUUUGCGAGAACCCGGCCGGUCAUGUGUUUUUCGACUCAUUCCAUUCCACAGAAGGCAUAAAUAGGCAAGCAGCCCACGCACUAUGGUUAGGGGAGGACCCUACUGUGAGGCCUCUCCCUCUUAGUGAAUUCUUCAAUAAGAAGGUUUCACCUGGGGGUCUUGGUCUUGAGAGGAAAGGGAAAGCAAAGAUGUCCUUAACAUUAGGGCAUCAUUCCUACUAAGAAAACAUAUAUGGCGAAUGUGGACCAUACUUUUAUUUAGUUUUUUCAUUAUCAAGAAUAUUAUCCAUAUUUUUCUUUGUUCC